AGCGUUAGCAUAAUGACGUUCAUACAGACCAGCGAAGGCCGUUGCUCAUGAUCUAGUGUAGACGCAAUUCUGGACGACUAGUAGAAUCGGCAACUUAUUAUGUUCGUGGCUGGACAUGCAGGAUUGCUCGUCUGUGUCGUUGGAGCGUUAGCGACCGCACGAGAUGUCAAAGUCUGUACAUGGCUGGACAGGGGACUCUCGCUUCAAGACUUGGCUGACUUUGUCAACGAGAAUCAAUGCAAUGUUAUCCAAGGUUCAUUAAUUUUGCAGGGAGCAUUUAGUGAAACCUUGUUCACACCUCUUAGCAGCAUUGUGGAAAUCACAGGAAAUCUCUUUGUGAGGAAUUUGGACGAGAGAAUAGACAAUUUGGGACAAAUUUUACCAAAUCUAGCUGUAAUCAGAGCAAACCCAUAUUAUCGACACUUGAAAGUAAAUUCUGGCCUUUCAAUCACAAACAAUUCAUUUUUAAAUAGUAUCAGUCUCACGAAUUUGACUCAUAUUCUGGGAAACAACAUUCACUCAUACUUUUGUGAGAACAGACAACUGCAAUAUAUCUAUACUGUAGACUGGAAAGCUAUUUCUAAUGGGAGCGAGAAUGUACAACCAUACUGUUACAAUAGUAACUGCGAGAAAGGAGAUUGUUCUAGAGAAUGUGAGGGUCAUUGUUGGAACCAUAAAACAUGCCAAAACCGUGUGCUGCAAGACUGCUGGGCAGUGGAUAAAGAGGGAAACUGUACAUGCCAUGAAGAGUGCUUGUCGUCAUGCAGUGGCACAACUGAUCAAGACUGUUUAUCAUGCAGGCAUUAUUACUACAAAGGACGAUGCAUUUCAAUGUGUCCUAAUGGGACGACUACUCUUGCUGGGUGGAGGUGUGUAGAUGUUUGUCAUAACAAUAAGACCGAUUUUCAUCAGAGCAGCAAGAAAUCUCACCAACUUUACAAAUUUAAGGAUGAAUGUGUGUUUGAUUGUCCUGACAGCUACAAAGGCGGUAGCGGCAAAAGUGCUGGGACAUGUGUUCAUUGUAAAUACAGUAAGAGUUGUGACAAACCAAGUAAAUGCAGUUGUAACAGAUACUGUGAAGGUGGCAAAAUACAAUUAAUAGCAGAUGCUGAAGUGUUUGAAUGCUGUACUCAUGUUAUUGGCAACUUGUUGAUCGAUAUUUCUACUGAAGAGAUUGGUAAAGAAGAGAAGAGCCUGAUGAAAUAUCUUGGCUGUAUUAAACAUGUAUCUGGUUAUGUCGCCAUUCUCAAUUGUCUGCGUUUGCGCGAAUUACACUUUCUUGCUCAUUUGAAUUCGAUUCGUGGGGAUUCAUUAUUGCAAUUAGGAGAGACUUAUUAUGGACUUGCCAUAGUUGGAAACCAGAACCUUCGUAGUAUACCGUGGCAGAAGAUGGACGAUCUAUUUCUUUAUGGACGGAUAGAUGUGCGCAUAGCUGUUUAUAAUAACUCCUUGCUUCCUCAGGAUAGCAUUGCUAAGCUGGAAAAGCUAUUUCCAUACUCUGUUGAUCAAUGGGACAAUACAAACUGCAAGGUGUACCAACUCAAUCGUACCUUUACUGAGAUUGUCGACAACCCAACUGAUCAGGUCGUAUUUGCCAAUGAUACAGUUUCAGGCAAUGUGAGUCUACUCAAUGAUACCUUUACUGACAAUGUUAACGACACAACUGACGACAUCUCAUAUGACAACAAGACAGGCAAUGUGAGUCAACUCAAUAUCACCAAUACUGUGAACGUUGAUAACACAACUAAUCCUAUCUCAAAUGACAGUAAGGAAGGUAAGAGUUUAUAUGAUACGACAUAA